AUGGCUGGUUCUAAUGCUUUAAUUCAAUUUCAACCUUUUUCAUAUGUCUCACAGUAUACUGAAAAUGCUAAUUCUAACAAGAAACAAAAUCAACUGCUAUUUGAUAACAGUAUCCCUUAUCCUAACACGGUUAUUAAUCCUCUCAAAUUAAAUCAUAUCAUGACAUCUUCGGUUUUGAUAUCCCUGGCUUUAAAAUUCAUACUU